AGCCCUGUCGGACGGCGCCUCCUCCCAGAGCACCUUCGUGGCGCACAGCAGGGUCACCCGGAUGCCCCCCAUGUGCAAGGCCACGUCAGCUGCCUUACCUCAAAGCCAGAGAAGCUCAACGCCAUCGAGUGAGAUUGGAGCCACCCCCUCAAGCAGCCCCCACCACACCCUUGCCUGGCAGACUGGGAGCUACGGUGACAGCUGCUUCCUGGAUUCCUCCCUCUAUCCAGAACCAGCGGACGUCCAGUGGUACGGGCAGGAAAAGGCCAAGCCCGGGACCCUCGUGUGAGCCAGCCCGCCCGGCCCGCUCUGACCGCGACGCCAUUCCGAGUCACCUCACUGCCUCUCAUUUGCCUUACCCAGACGCACUGUCACCUGCACCAGCUUCGGCCCUCAGCACUUUUUUUCUCUUCGUCUCCGCAUCCCCUUCACACUCAAAAACCUGACUGAGGAGACAUUUGGAAGGUUCCGGUCCCACUGUGUGUCCCUUGGCGCUCUCGUCCAGAGGGCCAGACAGCAAUCCUCAAUGGCACCUUGGUGGCUUCCCCCAGCCAGGACUGUCAGGGUGACUGGCUGGCAUGACAUUCCUGCAGGGGCCAGCCAGGCACUUCAAGGAGAGGACGGCUCUUGGGGCUUUGAGUGUCCCCAGAAUGUUCUAGAUGAGCCAGCCUGGGGGCAGGAGAGCGAGAGGGAGCUUAACACUUCAGAGCUGCAUCGAGGAUCACGGCCCAUUCUGUGCUGCCAAAGAUUAAACAGAUAAAAACAGAGGCCAAGAGGAAGACUUUCUUUGCGUGAGGAAAUUUCUUUGCCAUUCUAAACUACCCCACGCCACAGCAAAAGUCAGCCAUCUGUAAAUCACAACCUCACGAUCCACCUCCCUGACAGCCCACUCCUUCCCCACAAGGGCCCUGAAAACUAGGCCCUGCACGCAGAGUCCCAUCUGUCUGGACGUGAAAGAAAAGACCGCGGGGAGGAGCCUGGACCUGUGGGUCUCGGCCCCCACCGAGAUCGCUGGGGAUCUGUGGUACCAUAGGUGACAAAUGCCAAAAGUGGUCUCUCAUUAGAACAACCAGUAAAAGCAUAACCUAUUUUUUGCACAAGGCAUUUCAUCGUCUUCUAUUUUAUGGGAAACCAAGGGAAAAGCACAUCGCAGUCCAUUCACGUGUUUAACUGUUGUGGCUCAUUUUAUGUCUGUCAGCACUCGUGUGACCCAAGAGCUCAGAUGCAACUUCCCUCCUGCCGCUUAUUCAAAGAAGCCAGUGUACAUCUACCAGCCAGCAGGCAGAGCAGGGUUGACAAAAACCAGCUCCCGAGAGGCCAUGUCGGUCACCGUGGAGCAACACCUGGGCCUGCAGACGCCAACAGAGGACAAGAGAAGGAAGCAAGCAUGCGGGAGCUGCUCGUUUACAUGUGUUUUGAGCUAUGCUUAAUGAACAAUCAGAAAGCCAUCAAUCUUCAAAGGCCUCCAAACUACUUUUCUAAUAUAAUAACAAGUGCAUAACCUUAGUCGGUCGCUUGCGAUGGCACAGGGAGGUCUUCGUGGAGGUGGUGUGUGGUGCUCCUGGGUGCAGGUUGGGGUGAGGGUUCCCCACUGUUAGGAUGACCUGUUGGAAAGGUACCUGACAGCCAGGGCCAAGGGCCAGGGGCCAGGGCAGGGCGGUUUUGUGAGAAAGCAGAACUAGUCAGUUGUAGCAUCCGAAGGAAAAUCCCUGUCUUUCAUGUAUGUGUCAUCCAUGAACAUCCGCCAGGCCAGGCGGGUUAGGUGGUCACCAAAACAAACUCACCCUGAUGCUCCCUGAAGUCGAAGAGCGGGAGCCCUCAGUCCGGCAGCAGCACUCGGAGCCUCUUCUCUGCAAGAUCCCUGCGGGGUCCCCCAGCGCCGGGCACAGCUGGGCUGAGGAAUCCAGGCUGCAGGAGGGACUACCCACCCCAGGACACUUCGGGGCACACCGGGAUAAACAGGAAUCGGCUGUGGCGUCACUGCGUGAAUCGGGCCUAGGGGGAGGGUGCUUUUCUUGGACAGAGCUUUGAAGGGAGGAUUUGUGGGUCUGAGGGGUGGGCUUCUCUUCCCCACUUGGAAACAUCAUACACUGGGUCCUUUCCCUUCUCCCAAAAGGAGACACGUGAGUAAUCAGACCGAACUGUGUGCGACAGGGAAAGCCCAGAAGGAAAUGGACAGCAGCAAGCUCACAGGGCUGUGGGUUACACCGUGCGGA